ACCUAAUUGCUGAUCAUAGAGAUUACAUAAAGGAGAAGCAAAGGAAGAGGCGACACAUUCUCUCUUUGACUUUCCAUAGGAGCAGAAGAUCACCAACCCUUCCUUCUAAGAUGGCUUUUACAGGAACCUAUGAGCUUCAGUCCCAGGAGAACUUUGAGGCUUUCAUGAAAGCCGUUGGUCUUCCUGAAGAGUUGAUCCAGAAAGGAAAAGAUGUGAAGAGCGUGACAGUAAUUAAGCAGACCGGGAAUCACUUUGAGAUCACAGUGACCACAGGACCCAAAGUCCUACAUAAUGACUUCAAUAUUGGCGAGGAGACCGAGGUAGAAACGCCCUCCGGUGAGAAGAUUAAGUCUACCUUCAAUCUAGAGGAUGGCAAGCUUGUUAUUAAACUGAAAGGAGUGACCUCCACCAUCGAAAUUUCUGGCGAUCUUCUAACCAAUGUUCUGACUGUAAAGGACCUCACCUACAAGAGAGUCAGCAAGAGAGUCUCCUAGGAGCCAAUGUUUAUUUUUACUGUGUAAAAUAAAGAGUUCUAAAAAAUA